AUGCCUGGUGCUGCAGAAGAUGAGGUAGAUGAUACUAUGCCUGGUGCUACAGAAGAUGAGGUAGAUGAUGCUAUGCCUGGUGCUGCAGAAGAUGAGGUAGAUGUUGCUAUGCCUGGUGCUGCAGAAGAUGAGGUAGAUGAUACUAUGCCUGGUGCUACAGAAGAUGAGGUAGAUGAUGCUAUGCCUGGUGCUGCAGAAGAUGAGGUAGAUGUUGCUAUGCCUGGUGCUGCAGAAGAUGAGGUAGAUGUUGCCAUGCCUGGUGCUGCAGAAGAUGAGGUAGAUGUUGCCAUGCCUGGUGCUGCAGAAGAUGAGGUAGAUGUUGCCAUGCCUGGUGCUGCAGAAGAUGAGGUAGAUGUUGCCAUGCCUGGUGCUGCAGAAGAUGAGGUAGAUGAUACUAUGCCUGGUGCUGCAGAAGAUGAGGUAGAUGUUGCUAUGCCUGGUGCUGCAGAAGAUGAGGUAGAUGUUGCUAUGCCUGAUGCUGCAGAAGAUGAGGUAGAUGUUGCUAUGCCUGGUGCUGCAGAAGAUGAGGUAGAUGUUGCUAUGCCUGAUGCUGCAGAAGAUGAGGUAGAUGUUGCUAUACCUGGUGCUGCAGAAGAUGAGGUAGAUGUUGCUAUGCCUGGUGCUGCAGAAGAUGAGGUAGAUGUUGCUAUACCUGGUGCUGCAGAAGAUGAGGUAGAUGUUGCUAUACCUGGUGCUGCAGAAGAUGAGGUAGAUGUUGCUAUGCCUGGUGCUGCAGAAGAUGAGGUAGAUGUUGCUAUGCCUGGUGCUGCAGAAGAUGAGGUAGAUGUUGCUAUACCUGGUGCUGCAGAAGAUGAGGUAGAUGUACCUAUACCUGGUGCUGCAGAAGAUGAGGUAGAUGUUGCUAUACCUGGUGCUGCAGAAGAUGAGGUAGAUGUUGCUAUGCCUGGUGCUGCAGAAGAUGAGGUAGAUGAUGCCAUGCCUGGUGCUGCAGAAGAUGAGGUAGAUGUUGCUAUACCUGGUGCUACAGAAGAUGAGGUAGAUGUUGCUAUGCCUGAUGCUGCAGAAGAUGAGGUAGAUGAUGCCAUGCCUGGUGCUGCAGAAGAUGAGGUAGAUGAUGCUAUGCCUGGUGCUGCAGAAGAUGAGGUAGAUGAUGCUAUGCCUGGUGCUGCAGAAGAUGAGGUAGAUGUUGCUAUGCCUGGUGCUACAGAAGAUGAGGUAGAUAUUGCUUUGCCUGGUGCUGCAGAAGAUGAGGUAGAUGAUACUAUGCCUGGUGCUACAGAAGAUGAGGUAGAUGAUGCUAUGCCUGGUGCUAUGCAACGGCAUGCUACGAAAUGGCUUUCGGAACUGAAAAAGAGAGUUACGAGGAGAGACUAA